AUGAAAUAUCUUCUAUUCGAAUUUUUGAUUGUCAUAUUCUUUGUUUAUGUUCAAUGUGAAAUCACUUAUAUUGAAGUGAAAUAUCCAUUAAAGGGAAAACGAUCAGCACCAAAUGCAGUUUGGCCACAUCCACAACAGAUCAAUAUUUCUAAUGAUUUGUUGUACAUUCGUCCUAAUGAUCUUGCAGUGUAUUCUAAUCUUCAAACUUGUGAUAUCAUUGCAAAAGCAAUUGAACGAUAUAAACCAAUUUUCUUUCCACCAACACUCGAUAUGAAACAGCCAUCAUCAAAUAUGGAGAAUAUUUUGCAAAAUUUAACAUUGAAUAUAAAAGGCAAUAUUCAAUGUGAGAAAUAUAUUGAACUCAAUUCAAAUGAAACUUAUAAUUUAACAAUCAACGAAAAAAUUGCUUUAGUCGAAGCAUAUAGUGUUUGGGGUUUAUUACGUGGUCUAGAAACAUUUUCACAAUUAAUCUAUAUCAAUGAACAAAAUUAUAUUGUAAUCAAUAAUUCUGUAGACAUUAUUGAUAGUCCUCGAUUUCGUCAUCGUGGUGUUAUGCUUGAUUCAGCACGACAUUUCUUACCAGUAUCAAUUAUUAAAAAGAAUCUUGAUGUAAUGUCGUACAAUAAAUUAAAUGUAUUUCACUGGCAUCUUGUAGAUGAUCAAUCGUUUCCAUUUGAAAGCAAAACUUUUCCAAAUCUUUCGCUAGCAGGUGCUUAUACUCCUGAUCAUGUUUAUACACCAGCUGAUGUUGCUGAUAUUAUUGAACAUGCUCGAUUACGUGGUAUUCGUGUUAUUCCUGAAAUUGAUACACCUGGUCAUACAUAUUCAUGGAGUAAAUCCAUGCCUGAAUUAAUAACUGUUUGUUGGGCACAUGGAAAACCUUAUCAAUCGAUUUAUUCAAUACAAGGUGAAAUGGAAAUAUUUAAUCCAAGUGAACCACGAGUUUAUUCAACUAUGGAUGCUCUUCUUCGAGAAAUUCAUGAACGAUUUCCUUCAAAUUAUAUUCAUCUGGGCAUGGAUGAAGUUUAUGAUAAAUGUUGGCUUUCGAAUCCAAAUAUUCGUCAAUGGAUGGUUGAUAAUAAUAUAUUGAGUACAAAAAAUCUUCAUAAAUAUUAUGCAGAUCAAAUUUUAGACAUUGUACGUAAUAUUAGUGUUACGCCCAUCGUUUGGCAAGAUGUUUGGGAUGAACAAGUUGAAUUGCCUCCGGGUACUAUUAUUCAAGUAUGGAAAGAUUCCAGUGAUAAUAUUGAAUUUAGUUCAUGGGCUUCAUAUUUAAAUAGAGCAGCUAAUGAAGGUUAUAAUGUUAUACUUUCAAGUCCAUGGUAUAUUAAUUAUAUUAGCUAUGGAAAGUAUAAUACAGAUGCAUCUGUAAUGAAUUUGGAAUUUUUUAAAUAUUAUGAAGUUGAACCACUUCAACAAUUUUCGGGAUCAAAUGAAGCAAAAGAACGAAUUCUUGGUGGUGAAGCUUGUCUUUGGGGUGAAUUUGUAGAUGGAACGAAUUUACUUUCACGUUUUUGGCCUAAAGCAGCUGCUGUUGCUGAACGAUUAUGGAGUUCAGCUGAUGUUAAUAAUUCAGAAGAAGCUCAAUUUCGAUUGGAUGUUCAUCGAUGUCGUCUUUUAAGACGAGGAAUACCUGCUCAACCAAUUCUAAAUGGUUAUUGUGGUAAUUAUGAAUUAGGUAUGUCAAAAUCAAUGAUUAAUCAUCCAUCAUUUAAUUAUGAUAAACUAACACGGACUGAAACAAUAAUACCAUCAUCUGGAAAAAGUUUCGCUAGUCUAUCUUCGUCAUCAUCGAGAAUGUUCAGUUAUAAAUUGUAUCAUAUUGUUUAUUUAAUAUUAUCAUUAUUCUUUGUUUAUUUCUGUCGAAAAUGA